UAAACAUUUUAGAAAAGAAAGUUCAUAACAACUCCGAGGUUUCAGUUCAGUAUUUGUGUUCUCAGCCUUGCAUUGUCAACCUGGAAGCAAUAGCUUCCUCGGAGUUCAGGACUGGUGUGUCUGUAUAUAGAAGGAGAUGGAAGGACGAGAAGAGCCUUUAUGUUAGUAGAACGCGACAAGUCCGUUUGAAAUUUCCAAGCAUCAUGGUUUACAGAGAUGAUUAUAUCAUCAGGAACUCAAUAAUAGUGCACAGCGUGAUACUCUACGCAUGGAUUAGUCAUGCGUCGGGAAGCAGCUACGAUGUCAAGCAGAAUGAAAGCUACCAGCGGGCAGUCGCCAGGAAUUACACUUUUUUAGAAACAGUCCCACCUUUUAAACGUCCCUAUAAAGACCACAAAGUUUGUCUUCAGUGGGGUGCUGACUAUCUGUGGACACUCCAAGCAAACAAGAUACCUCAGUGCCCCCAUGAAAGCGAUGGUGUCCAGAUUCUUAGCUUCAUGUAUGCAUCCAGCGGGGAGAAAACAGGAAUUGUGAAGAAAUUUGAACGAUUUGAAAACAGAGAACUUGAGACAGUCAGGCAACAUCAGAUUGAUUAUCCAAUGUUCACUGUUUCAAUCUGGCUCUAUUUAGUGCAUUACUGUGAAAUGGAUUUGUGUGGGAUACUCUAUUUUAUUGAUCCGAAAGAAAUGUAUAGUACUCCUGCUGUAUUUCUAAAUGAGGAAGGUUAUGUCCAUAUUCAGAUGCACCUCGUUAGAGGAGAUGAUCUCGCAGUGAAAACCAGCUUCAGCCUUCCCCUGAGGCAGUGGUUUCGACUGGAUCUCUCCUUUAAGGGCGGACAGAUAGAAGUAAGCAGUGUUGGGAAGAAUUUGAAGAGACAUCAUCAUCAGUCUUUCAUUUUUAGGGAAGAUUUCUAUUAUGAUGACACUGCUGGCUAUUUUGUUCUUGGAGGCAGUGGAUAUGCAAAUGGUAUUGAAGCAUUCUUUGGUCCUGUGAAAUACUAUCGUCUGAACGUGCUGGAAACAGAACAGAUUUUGAACCCUCUUUAUGACAAAGAAGCAACGGAACAAAUUGAGCUCUACUAUGAGAGAUGUAUGGAUGUUCAGGAAAUAGUGUCUGAGUACAGAGACAUUGUGAGUCAAGGGCAAGCUGUGCAAAAGGGCUGUGUCUACGAAAACUAUUAUUCCGAGCUAAUUCACAAAUAUGGAGAGAAGUCCAAAUGUGAGGCCUUCAUGUGGGGAAAAGAACUCAGGGAAAAAUACCACAGUUUGUUCAAACUCUUGCAAGAAAUGGAUUUCAGCUCACAAGAUGUAUUAGAAGAUGAAAAUGAUGCGGUUCUAGAAGUUGGCUGGCGGAUAUUUGAGAAGGCCGCAAAGCGUCUAUCCAGCGCGGAUGGCUUAAGCAAUGCGGGCUCCUUUAUCCCUCUCUUGCUGGAUUCCAGUUGCUGUGGAUACCACAAAGCUUCCUAUUUCCUUGCAGUUAUAUUUGAAACAGGGCUAGGUGUGCCUGUGGAUCGUACAAAGGGACUGCUGUAUAGUUUGGUUGGUGCUCAGGGGGAUGAGAGGCUUUCAGUGAUGAAUCUUGGCUACAAACAUUACCAAGGCAUUAAUAACUAUCCCCUUGACCUGGAGCUCUCGUAUGCUUAUUACAGUAACAUUGCGAUAAAGACAUCCUUGGAUCAACACACAAUAACGGGGGAACAGGCAUUUGUUGAAACUGUGAGGCUGAUGGAUGAUGAACUGCUGAAAGCUCAAACAAAAGAAAAUGGUGAUGUCUUUAUGUGGUUAAAACAUGAAGCAACAAGAGGAAAUGCAGCUGCACAGCAACGAUUGGCUCAGAUGCUGUUUUGGGGCCAACAGGGCGUCGCAAAAAAUCCUGAAGCAGCAAUAGAAUGGUAUGAAAAGGGUGCAAUAGAAACAGAAGAUCCAGUCUUAAUAUAUGAUUAUGCCAUUGUGUUAUUUAAGGGUCAAGGUGUGAAAAAGAACAUAAAACUUGCUUUAGAAUUGAUGAAGAAAGCAGCAGCCAAGGGCUUGCCCCAGGCAGUGAACGGAUUGGGCUGGUACUACCACAAUUUUAAAAGAGACUACAGAAAUGCAGCUAAACACUGGUUAAUGGCUGAAGAAUUGGGAAAUCCGGAUGCAUCGUACAACCUCGGUGUCCUUUAUUUAGAUGGGAUUUUUCCUGGAAAGCCUGGUAGAAAUCAAACAGUAGCUGCGCAGUAUUUCUAUAAAGCUGCCCAAGGGGGACAUAUAGAAGGGACUUUACGAUGCUCUCAGUACUACAUCACAGGAAAUAUGGAAGACUUCCCAAGAGAUCCAGAAAAAGCUGUAAUCUGGGCAAAACACGUUGCAGAGAAGAAUGGCUACUUAGGUCAUGUCAUCAGAAAAGCUCUGAAUGCUUAUCUGGAACUUUCAUGGCAUGAAGCUCUGCUGCAUUACAUUUUAGCAGCUGAAACUGGAAUUGAAGUGUCACAGUCAAAUUUAGCACACAUCUGUGAAGAAAGACCAGAUCUAGCAAAGAAAUACCUCGCGACAGAUUGUGUUUGGAGAUACUAUAACUUCUCCGUUUCUCAAAUCAAUGCGCCCUCAUUUGGUAUGUAUAAGAAUCUCUUUCAGAUUUCAGUUCUCUAA